AUGGAAAAACUACUAACACUUCUAAUAUUCCUGCUUUUGAUAAGCAGCGGAACGGCUGCAGAUCCUCUCGAAACUGUGAUUAGAAAUGUGCUGCUGCAGAUACGAGACUACGGAGAGAAGGUCGGCUUCUCUUUCUAUUUUUUUGAAAAAAAUUUCUAAUAAAUAUAAUAAAUUUUGACUUAAAACCUGUAUUUAAAAAAAUUCAGACUGUUAGCGAUUGAAAAAAUAAUAAUCGGCUUUUUACCAUUCUAAAUGACCUUUUUUCAAGAUUAACUGAACAUUCAGGUGAUGGCAAACUUGGCAAUCCCAAAAAUGGACGACACCAGCCAAUCAGUAUCGUUUCAGAUGGACAGGCCGACUCAGAACGCUUUCAUGACUUUUUCGCAGGUAAUUUGAAGGUGUCGUCGAUUUUCCAAACAGUUUUCGCGGCUCCUAAAUCGAAAAGAGCUCUAUGAAAACGACUUUUACAUCAGAAUCAAAUUAAAAUCUUAAAGUUGCUCAACACUUGUCCGCCGUCUCUCCCCCUACCACCUUUGGUCUCGGACACUUCCUCGACGUGGCAAGCGACUCACGUUUCCAGAAGGCUCCUUCUCACCCAGUUUGCUGACAUCGAUGAGGUAAAAAAGAAAAUUAAAAGGAGCUACUUGUAGGUGAGGUAUUUGAGUGAGACAAAAAAAAAACCGAAAAGUUUUCCAAUGUCCAAUUAGAUCGAUUUCAGGCAAUCGAAAAGCUCUCAACUGGGCAACAAUUGUCGAAUCGCAGGUCGAUGUCCACCCUUCUUCGACAGCCGACCGAUUUCCGCUGCGUCCAGCUGACAGGUUCUUUCAAAACAAGAAAACUGAACAUUACAUUCCUGAAACCAAAGUUCUGAGCAACAACGACUCGCCGUUCGAAUUCUCCUACUACACCAGCAAAGGACGCCGCUCAAUAAUUGGAACGAUUCAAAAGAAGAGCGAGAGUCUGACAUUUUCGUUCGGCGGCGACAUCGAGUUGAACUGUGGGUUUAGUGGAAUUCUCUAGUUACCGUCCAAAAUGAGCAAGAACCAAAAAGCUCUUGUGCCAGACAUAUAGUUCAUUCAGAUUUUGAAUGUCAAGUAGAAUGACGUCAUUCAAAAACGCUCUGUGGAUCGCUGGCUCUCUGAUUGGUUUAUCGCGCCAUUAGGGGGCGGAGCUUGAGCGAGGACUUGGCAUUUAAAAUCUGAACAGACUAUAGUGUGGAAAGUUUUAUUUCAGAGCUUCUAUUUUUUUCGUGCGUUUUUUGAUCUCAAACUUCUUCCACAAAAAACUUAUCCUCUAGUCUCAUCGAAAAAGUGAGCUGGAAAAAUCCUCCAGUUAUAUUCAAGAAAAACAGCCGGUACAAACUUUGUUAGCUGUGGAGCGUAAAUUCACAUUAUUUGCAAGUUGUGCAGCUAUUUUCUCCUCAUAGCUUCUGCAGAAACCAUUUCUUUCAGUGAUUCUGGCCUAUUCCACUUCGGAUCUGUUAAUUUUCGGCCAAAGCGACACGGUGCCCGCCUGCGACAACUAUCUCAUCCUACAGCGUCUCGAGAAAACUUAUGAAAAUCCCUCCGAUAAUUUCCAAGAGAUUCUCACGGCUCUGGGCGGAAACUCUGCCCUAAAUCGAAUAGUCGAAUUGGCCUCGUGCCAGGAAGCCUCCACCAAAUCGCCACCAAUCAUAAGACCGGCGUCUCAAAGCGAAAAACCGAAUAAACUUUGA